AUGAUCACUACUGUAAUUCGCCGAUCUUGCCUUGAUGCGUCGAGGCGUACUCUCUCCGCCUCUCUGACCUCCAUUAAUGCGGCUCUAUUUCACAACCUUACUCCAUCCGCCGCCAGAGUCUCCGAUCUAGCUCCGAUUGGCUCCUCCGAUGUGAAGCCUGGCUUCUCCCUCUCUCCUCCGACGCCGAAUCCGUUUGGUGUGAAAGCGAGGGAAUUUCAUUUUCAGUCUGGACCUUCGGAGUUCAGAGCGUCGAUGGUUUCUCAUGCUGGGUUUGCGAGUAGCGACAGAGUAAUUGGAGAUCCGGAGAGUGUUGGCAGCAGCAGCAGCGGUGAUGGCCUCGCGAUAUCUGAGCUCGGAAUAUCUCCGGAGAUUGUCAAAGCUUUGAAGAGUAAAGGAAUCGAGAAACUCUUUCCUAUUCAGAAAGCUGUGCUGGAGCCGGCGAUGCAAGGCCGUGACAUGAUCGGACGUGCUAGGACUGGAACUGGAAAGACGCUUGCUUUCGGGAUUCCAAUCAUUGACAAAAUCAUCAAAUUCAACGCUAAACAUGGGCGUGGGAGGAAUCCUCUCUGCUUGGUUUUGGCACCGACGAGGGAGCUUGCUCGCCAGGUUGAGAAGGAGUUUAGAGAGUCUGCUCCAAGUUUGGAUACUAUAUGUGUCUAUGGAGGUACACCGAUUGGACAGCAGAUGAGGCAGCUUGACUACGGUGUUGAUAUCGCCGUUGGAACUCCAGGUCGUAUCAUUGAUCUGAUUAAGAGAGGAGCUCUGAAUCUAUCUGAGGUUCAGUUUGUGGUUCUUGAUGAAGCUGAUCAGAUGCUUCAAGUUGGGUUUGCUGAGGAUGUGGAAGUGAUAUUGGAGAGGCUGCCUGAGAAACGUCAGAGCAUGAUGUUUUCCGCAACGAUGCCUAGUUGGAUCAGAUCACUCACCAAAAAGUACCUUAAUGAUCCUUUGACGAUUGAUCUUGUUGGAGAUUCUGAUCAGAAACUGGCAGAUGGAAUUACGACGUAUUCUAUCAUUGCAGAUUCUUAUGGAAGAGCAUCCAUUAUUGGUCCUCUUGUAACGGAGCAUGCUAAAGGAGGGAAAUGCAUUGUAUUUACACAAACAAAACGUGAUGCUGAUCGGCUUGCAUAUGGAUUGGCGAGAAGCUUCAAAUGCGAAGCCUUACACGGUGACAUAUCACAGAGUCAGAGGGAGAGAACACUUGCUGGUUUCCGUGACGGGCAUUUCAAUAUCCUUGUUGCGACCGAUGUUGCUGCCCGUGGACUCGAUGUGCCUAAUGUCGAUUUGAUAAUUCAUUAUGAGCUUCCUAAUAACACGGAGACGUUUGUUCAUCGAACGGGACGAACAGGGCGUGCGGGCAAGAAAGGAAGUGCUAUUCUCAUCUACAGUCAAGAUCAAACGAGGGCAGUUAAAAUAAUCGAGAGAGAAGUCGGGAGCCGAUUCACUGAGCUUCCUAGCAUUGCUGUGGAACGUGGAGGUGGAAGCAUGUUUGAAGGAAUUGGUGGUCGAUCUGGUGAGUCCCUUGGAGGAGGCAUGAGAGAUCGUAGUUCAAGCUUUGGCGGUGGUCGUUCAGGUGGCUAUGGUGGUGGUGGUGGUGGUUAUGGUAGCAGCGGUGGCCGUUCAGGUGGUUCAAGCAACCGUUACUCUGGUGGUGGCUCAGACCGUUCUUCUGGUUUCGGUACCUUUGGUUCUGACCGUUCUUCUGGUUUCGGAGGCUUUGGUUCUGAUCGUUCUUCCCAGUCAAGCGGGAGGAGUGGGUUUGGUGGUCGUUCAGAUGACUACGGUAGCAGUGGUGGCCGUUCAGGUGGUUCUAGCAGCCGUUACUCAGGCGGUUCAGACCGUUCUUCUGGUUUUGGGAGCUUUGGCUCGGACCGUUCUUCUCAGUCAGGUGGAAGGAGCAGCUUUGGUAGCUUUGGCUCAAACGAUGGUAAAAAGUCUUACUGA